AUGAUUGGUUCAUUACUAAUAUUGCUGUUAUUUACAAAAAAUAUAGAAACGAACAGUUUCGUUUCUAUUCUAAAUGGUGAUUAUAGCAUUGCAGAAGUCAAAUAUAUUCUUUACGAUGUUAACCAUGGUGAAGGUUUUAAUUUAAGGCGCGAUGUUUUUAUGAGGAUUGCGAAUACCGUUCGCAUGUUGCGCGAACUUGGUCAUAAUUAUAUUUUAGUAUUGCCUCCAUGGGGUGGAUUAUAUCAUUGGAAAAAUUAUGCAGUUAAAUUGCCUUGGUCGAAAUUUUUCGAUAUUAAAAGUAUUAAUGAAUUUAUACCAGUUAUUGAAUUUCAACAGUUUUUGAUAGAUACCAAUUAUAAUCCUAUCGACGAAGUAAUUUAUCUUCAAGCAUAUACUGAAGGAUGGAAAAGUGGCCAUUUUGAAUUUAAAUAUGAUAAAAGAGACUGUAUCGAUGGUGAAAAAUUUUAUAGAUUGGUUGGUUCGAAGUGGCAUGGCUGGUUUUUUUCCUAUGAAAAUAUUACUGCUAAAAGUUUUUCUUGUAUAUCGAUGCAAGGCGAUUCUCAAACAUUAAUGAAGUUUGUUGUGAAUGAUCAUCUGAUUGCAAAGUCACUCUUCAUCGAUCGAGCUGAGAUUAUCUUGCAUGAUUAUUUUGGUGAUGAAUAUUACUGGCAAGCUCGUCGAUCGAUGCGUUACGCAAAUCAUCUUAUUACUACUGGUAAUUUAUUUAGAGAAAAGUAUCUAAAUUCAUCUGAUAUAACAGACAAAACUGCAUUAAAUGAUACGUGGAAAAAUACUUUUAAGAAACAUGGUGAAGCUCAAGGAGGCGAUUAUAUCUGUAUUCACUGGCGACGGCGCGACUUCAUUCGUUCGCAUCUUUCUCAUAUUCCAUCGAUUCAAGGUACGGCACUUCAGAUAUUAAAAUUGCUCGAUGCUAUGAAUCUUAACACCGUCUUUCUUAGCACAGAUGCACCAAAUGAUGAAGUGAAUCAUUUAAAAAGUUUUUUACCUCCAAGGAUAGAAGUUAAACAGUUCGUUAACAAUGACUCAUUAUCAGAUGGUGAAGUUGCAAUUAUAGAUCAGUGGAUUUGUGCUCAUGCAAGAUAUUUCAUCGGCUCGUAUACUUCAACAUUUUCCUAUCGUAUACAAGAGGAUCGCGAAAUUUUAGGAUUUGAACCAAAUACUACUUUUAAUCGACUAUGUCCAGAUGAUUCUAUGUCCUGUGAACAACCUACUCAGUGGAAAAUUGUAUAUAAAAAUAAUGUUGGAUAUUUAUGA